AUGUUCAGACGAGACGAAGCGCUCGAGGGCCAUGUCCUGCUUGGCCUCUUCUUCUCCCUCGCCUCUUGCUUACUCUUCACGCUCAUCAGCUUCUCUACGCCCUUCAUCAACUCCAUCUACUUCCUGUACGCCUCCCAGAUCCGAUAUGGCGCUUUCGGAUACUGCGUCGAUUCCAGUGGCUGCAUCAAGCCUGUGCUAGGCUAUUCCGGACCUGGACUCACAGAGUGGCUGACUAGAACGCACAUCAUGUACGGGCUAGCUGCUCUGUGUAUGCUCCUCGCCCUGAUCGCCCUCUUCCUCUCCAUCCUCCAACUUGGGACCAUCAUGCGCAACCCCAUCUUCUUCCGCUCCAUGGCUCUCCUAGGCACAGCCUUCUCCCUCCUCGCUACCAUCUUCGCCCUGAUCAACUUUGUCCAGGCUAGAAACCGAUUCAAUGCGCAGGGCACAGCGGCUUACUAUGGUCCGGCGCUGUGGAUGGGGAUAGGCGGGACAAUCGCGGCGUUGCUAGCAGCGGCAAUUGGCGGACCGCAGAUCACUGCGCGGUAUAUGUAUCGAGCGGAUAAUCGCGUGGCGUACAACCUCUGA